AUGUCUAAACGCGCUACGGCGGGCCGGGGCCCCGGGUCUCCUCAACGGCCGUUUGAAACACUACUGGACUUUUCGAAUGGCCCUGUUUUACCGCCGGUGGCUGUUGGAACAUCUCACAAUUAUGGCGCCACGGGGCCGACGGCAUUGCCAAAAGAAGCAGCACAUGAUCCGAUCCAGGAUGUCAUGGGCAUGGUUAAAAGGAUCAACACUGGUCUUGACGAUAGUGAACAGCGAAUAUCUCUCUCAAGAACUGGCUCAGUGGUGCCUUCCAGAAGCGGUUCGACCCAUAACAGUCGGCGAACCAAGCGAGAACCUACGCCGGACGACCAACUUUUCCGUACGCUACGAGAAGCAACCGAGUCACCCGGCAGAGAAGUGCAUUCUGACAGGACACCGACUCCGCCUAUCCCACGAGCAGUCUCGACAGAUUCAAGUCCCGAUAUGCCGCCACCCAGACGCAAGAACAGCUUAAUAUCUGUUAUCACGAACUCUCCGAUGUAUCCGAAGCCGCUGCGACAGUUAACGAACUUCUUUUCUCGUGAGGAACCUGAUAAUGGUACUCCGCAUCGUCACAGCUCGGUUGACAAUGCCUCCGAAGUAUCAUUUGAGUUGGAGCGCACAAUUCAUGAUGGCGAGCUGCAACGUACGCGACCAAGGGACCAUGGCUCGAAUCUUUCCAAGGCUCCUCGACGGCCCUCCGGUGUGCAGAUCCAACCGACGAUUGAAGAAGAGGAUGAACCGAGUUCUGUGCUGGCUGACCAGUCCGAAUUUGUCAACCCUGCGGAUCAAACAUGGACUGCCGAAGCAAGGACCGUUUUCCCAUCUCGUUUCCAAUCCGCUCCUCGCUCGGAGUCACUAUCAGAUGAACCAAAUCUGGCAGAGCCCCAGCAAUGGGAUUCAUCCUCAGGCUCCGAGAGCCGCAUACGAGACUCUAUGCGUGUAAUUUCUGAAGCGACAUUGAAUGGCGUUGACUGGAUUGCCACCAAUUGGAUUAAAACCGCAGGUUUUCUGCUGAUUUCCUUGCUUCUUUUCGGCGCCUAUCAGACAAAUAUUUGUGACACCGUUCGCUUAUUUGUCCCCCCUGGUGAAUAUUCGAACAUUCCUUCAAAUGGAACCGACCCAGCAACUAUCCGUGAGAUCCGAAGUCGACUGUCGGACAUGAAUAGCCAGAUAUCAUCAUUAUCGAAGGAGAUGAGAUCUUCUCGAUCGGAACAAGAGGGCCUGACAGUGCACCCCACCAAUAUGCCAUAUAACGCUCCAUUCCAUUCCCUGGACCUCCAAGUCAACUUUCUUUCCCCGUCAAACGGAGCCAUGGUCGAUCCACGCAUUACUUCACCCUCGGCUAGCGAAAGCACUGUCAAGCGAACCUCCCCUCUAAGGAAGCUCCUCAGGAGCCUCAAUCCGUUUUCUUCAGACGAUACAAUGAAAUCAGUACACGAGCAGCUAGCUGCACUAUUGCCCUGGGAGGAGGCCGGUGAUUGCUGGUGCAGCGUGAAGGAAACCCAGCUCGCGGUUUUUCUGGGUCGUGCUAUCGUGCCGGAAGAACUAGUGAUCGAGCAUAUCCCAAUGACGGCAACUUUGGAUCCCACAUCAGCACCAAAGAUCGUCGAGAUGUGGGCACAGUUUGUUGUCGUCAAUUCGGGUUCAGGCGAUGAUGAAGAAUACGGGUCUGACUUUGACUGGAAGUCCCCUUACGGCAGUGGAAAGAACCAACGUCAAUCCAAAAAACCCAGACCAGCAAAGAAGCAAGGACUUGGAGAUUUCAACCUACCUGGAGCAAACUCGCUUUCUGAAGUCCUCAUGAGUGCCUUGAAGAGAUCAAACCCGCAUUCUGAGCCGGAGGACUAUUCGGACGAUCCUCUCCUCGGACCCAACUUCUACCGAAUCGGCCGGUUUUAUUACGAUAUUAAGGAACUCAACUAUAGACAGGCCUUUGCCCUGUCGCCGAUCAUCGACAUUCCAACCAUUCGUGUGGACAAGGUCGUCUUGCGCGUCAAGGAUAAUUGGGGCUCGGAUCAAACCUGCCUUUAUCGAUUUAAGCUCCACGGGCAUUCUUGA